CAUUAUGGUAGUAGUGGAAUUGACAUCAAAAUAUGUGUGUUUUACACCUUUACGCAAAGAAACAGCUCUUCAGUAUCUAAUGCCUUCAUCAAACAUUUUCUUAAAGAAGUGGGUCACGUUGAUAAAGUUAUAUCAGAUAAUGGAUCACAGUUUCAUUCUAAAAUUUAUCUUCGUACUCUACGGCCUCAUAAGAUUAAACCAAUUUUCAAUUCACUUUUUCACCCUCAAUCCAACCCAUCAGAGAAAUGGAUGAAGGAAAUUAAUAAAUUGUGUCAUCUUUAUAGUCAUCAUAAUCACAGAACGUGGGAUCAGUAUCUUCAUAUUUUUCAAAACAUUCUGAAUGAACUCCCUAAUGAUUCAACUUAUUUACAGUCUAUAUUGAUAUUAAAAAAUAAAGCACCGACAAGUCGUAUUUCUGAAAUCGUUCCUUUUCCACCUACACGGAAACUGCGGCAUUCUGAUGUCAACCUGGCUCUACAAAAUAUUCCAUCUGCGGCUGCUAGAAGAGAAAAAUCACCUAAACGUACUGGUCGUUUAAAAACUUUGUCAGUUGGUCAAAAGGUAUUAAUUAAAUCUCAUCGUUUGUCUCACAAAGGAAAAGGCUUGUGUCGCAAAUUUUUUCUGCUUUAUAACGGUCCAUAUAGAGUUUGCAAAAUUAUUCAUGAUAACACUGUUGAAGUAGAAACUCUUUAAUCACGGCGCUCUAAGGGAAUACAUCAUAUAUCGAACGUUAAAAUGUUUGUGGGAUGACAUACUUUUGAGAAAAUUAACAGUUACACGUAAAUAUGCAGAGAACACAGGGAUACCGAGCCGUGUUCUAGCGGCAGCACAUACACAAAGCUACAAUCAGUCCGCGCGCCGCAGAGGGAACCUUUGACCAGAAACAAUUACUUCCAACUUAACACCUACCUACAGCUGAUCAAGUGCUCAAUGCAAAUGCACUGACAGCUGUAAACAAAUACACAGUCUAAUUUCUCCGGUUAAAUUCAGUAUAAAGCUAUAGUUACUUGGUAACUUAUGUUAUUAAUGUUCAGUUUUCCAGGAAACAGUUGUAUAAAAUCUUUAAGAACUACAGGUAAAUUCUCUGUGUGUCCUACAUUAAGAAGACUUGCUAUCGAGAAAAUUUCAGGAAGAAUGUAAUUUCAAGGAAGAAAGUAAUAAACUAAAAAGAAGAGGAAAGCAGUUCCAGCUAUCAGCACCAGCUGCAGUGGCUGACAUAACUUGCAGCAGAUGGCAUGAAAUCUAAAGAGGUCUUGUGACAGAAAGCAUAAACAGAUCCCAGUUUAGAAGCACCAUCUAGGUGGCAACACAUACAACUGAGUGAUGCCUGAAUGAAGACUGCAGGCACAGCAGCAAUCAAUACAGUAAAUAACAGAGCAAGACAAAACUAUUUUCAAUAUAAUUCACAGGGCUCAAAAUCUUUUGCCUAGUUGUCAACUGAAAUACAUUAAAUUUCAUUAUGGUACAUUGCCUGAGAUUAACAAACAAAACACAUAACUUUAAACACAGCAACAGAAAGCCACAUUAAUUUUUUGUCU